GUUUUACACUCGCGUGUCCAGCGGAUCCAGCGGAUCAAACGGACGGUCUUUGUCGCCCGUGGUGCCGAAGCCCAAGCCCCUGAACAAGAAGCCUUAAUAUCACUGAAAUAAGCCAGCUCCGUCUUAUCCUUUCCCAAUCCUACUAACACACGGUGGCUGGUGGGGUGGCCAAUUUCAUUUCUAUCGUCCGAAAAUGAGAUUUGCUCGCGUGUUGCAAUAAUCGACCAACCUUUUUCUUCUCUUUCCCGUGCCCUUUCUGAUUGCUGCUUGACCUCCUCACUCGCCGCCUUCUUUCGUCCCGCAAAGACGACGAACCUCACGCACAUCUCGCACGCUUUUGAACGCGUCGAGCGAACGGGCAGUGUCGAGAGGCUGCUGUGAAAAAGUGGCCGCGAGAUUGGUGCGUUCGAAAAGCGACAAGGACUGCGCCCCGGAGCUGGUAGCAGACCGCUGUGCGACGACCGCCACGUCUGGACCGUCCAGGCACACGCAGGAGAAGUAAGGGGAACUGGCCCCCUCUGCGCGAACGCAAACAACAUACGCACCUGUUCCUCACGUGUGCACAAGACCGACAAACGUCGUCAAUUGACGAGUGCAGCGGCCCUUACCAAACCUGCCUUAAUAUUGAUGACCACCCAAUUCUCAGCGACAGCGGCACCAGCUGCUGAGAUGGACAACGAGAAGCCCCCCGUGGUCUGGCAGACGGAGGAUCGACGGACUGCGACGGCAACUAAGAAGACAUCUAUGCCUGGCUUGAAAAACCGCUUCACCUUCUUCUCGACGUCGCCCAAAACUCGAAACGCCGACAUCCAGGCUGUGAUCGCCGCACAGGAAAAGGCCUUACAGAACAGCCCGUCCCCGAACGCAAAAUCCAUGUCCCUCCCAUCCAUUUCCCUCUCGUCUACCGACCGAACGAGCGCCGAGACCAUCUUCCAGGCUCCUACCGAAGAGCAGAUUGCGAAGAAGGCGAGGGAGGAGGCCCAGUUUGGACCGCUGUUGUCAGAGGCACACUUACAUUCGAGUUCGUUUGAAGGUGGCGAGUUCCCGGAUCCCAUCGAGGACACUCCCCCCUACUACUUUGUCAUCACGACUUACAUUUCCUAUCUUAUCCUUAUUAUUUUUGGCCACGUACGUGACUUCUUCGGCAAGCGUUUCCGCCCUGCGCAUUAUGCCCAUCUGCAGGCCGCCAAUGGCUAUGCGCCUCUGAACAGCGACUUCGACAACUUUUAUACUCGUCGCCUCAAGAUGCGCAUCAAUGACUGCUUCGCGAGACCAACAACCGGCGUUCCGGGCCGUUUCAUCACGCUCCUGGAUCGCGAGAGUGAUGACAACAACCACACUUUCAGAUUGACCGGCACCAAGACGGAGACGCUGAACAUGAGCUCCUACAACUAUCUCGGUUUCGCCCAGUCGGAAGGCCCCUGCGCCGACGCUGUUGAGGAGGCUGUCAGGAAGUACGGCAUUUCUACGUGCAGCACACGUGCCGAUGCUGGCACUUCUGACCUCCACAAGGAGGUGGAGUCAUUGAUCGCCGAUUUCGUCGGCAAGCCUGCAGCGAUGGUUUUCUCCAUGGGCUUUGUCACCAACGCUUCUGCUUUCCCCGCCCUUGUCGGAAAAGGAUCCAUCAUCGUAUCUGACGAGUUGAAUCAUGCUUCUAUCCGCUUUGGUGCUCGCAUCUCUGGCGCCAUGGUCACAACGUUCAAGCACAACAACAUGAAAGAUCUCGAGCGUCUGCUCCGCGACCUCAUUGCCCAAGGUCAGCCACGUACGCACCGCCCAUGGAAGAAGAUCCUCGUCGCAGUUGAGGGUCUGUAUUCCAUGGAAGGAACCAUGUGCAAUCUGCCGGCUCUCGUAGAGUUGCGCAAGAAAUACAAAUUCCAUCUCUUUGUUGAUGAGGCGCAUAGCAUUGGCGCUCUUGGUCCUAACGGCAAGGGCGUAUGUGACUACUUCGGCAUUGACCCGUCGGAAGUGGACAUUCUUAUGGGCACGUUAACCAAAUCUUUUGGUGCAAAUGGUGGCUACGUCGCUGGUGACGAGCACGUUAUCCAGAAGCUGCGUGUCACCAAUGCUGCUACUCAGUAUGGCGAAUCUCCGACCCCACCUGUCCUCAUGCAAAUCAAGACCUCUCUUCAGAUCAUCCAGGGCGUGAUUGCGCCAGGCCAGGGCCAAGAGAGGCUCCAGCGUCUGGCCUUCAACUCACGUUACCUGCGUCUGGGACUCAAGCGCCUGGGUCUGAUUGUAUAUGGUCACGACGACUCACCCAUCAUCCCUGUCAUGUUGUACAAUCCUGCCAAGAUGCCUGCCUUCUCUCAUGAGAUGUUGCGCCGCAAUAUCUCUGUUGUUGUCGUUGGCUACCCAGCUACGCCACUUAUCUCAUCUCGUGCCCGCUUCUGCGUCUCAGCAGCGCACAACUUGCACGACCUGGAGCGUCUAAUCAGGGCAUGUGACGAGAUUGGUGAGGUGCUGCAGCUUAAAUUCAGCUCGGGCGUUGCGGGAGGUGAGGAGCCAGAGGGAAUGCAGGAGGGCAUUCCUGUGGGGCUUCCCCCUUCAUACGAAGAGGCCACGGGCGAGAAGACGGUCGCUGUCAGGCCUAGGAGCCGAAGUCAGGUCAAGCCCCCAAGGUGGAAUGUGGAGGAUGUGAUCCGUAGAGGUGUGGCAGACACCAAGGUGCCUCUGAGAUAGAGGAAGCACGAAGACUUCGCAUUUUAUUUCAUGCGCCAUGCAAGACUGCCAAACUGCCCCAUACACCAUCUCACUUGCAUGUUUGGUACCUGGGCUUUGUCUUGCAGGCUUGUAACAUUUUUUCUAUACCUUCGCUAUACCCCCGACCGUGUUAACAUUAGAAGAAAAAUUUCUGGCGAAAAGAUUUUUUGCAUCGGGAGGUCGGGAUUGUUGGAAGUUUUUUUUUUUUUUUUUUUU